GAGCAAAAAGUCACGAUGACGUGUCAUCCAUGGGUCGGGUAUUUCCUUGAAGAAUUCCAGGUCAUUCCAGAACGUUCCCUUUCCCGUUCCGUACAUACGAGGAUCCGGUUGGACCGUGCGCGGUCGCCUUUGCUGUUCGACCGGCUACUUCAUCCGGUUCGGUUCCUCGACGGUGGGUACGCCCAUACAGCGGGAAGACUCUCUCGAGGGAUUCUGAAAAUGGAGGAGGAUCGCUGCUUAGCGAGGGAUGAACUUUCUGUAUUCCUGGAGUCUGGAAUUUAUCGGUUCGUGGAUUCGAGAUUCAUUUUCGUAGACCCAGUCCGUGUUUUGAAUCGUUUGUACUCACGGUUUAGGGUUUCUCCGGCUGGUUACUACUCACGAUUCUUCGAAUGUGAAAGGAAGGGCUUAGAGAACAAGGAUUGUUUAUUGUAUGGAAAGAAGAGAAAGAGGAAGGAGAAGAAACUUCGAUGUUUAAAUGAGAAAGAAUGUGCUGCUGAUCGACGCCACCAGGUGGCGAAGCCUCUGUUACUAAAGGCGUACGAGUCGUUAUUGCAAGCUACUGAUCUGUUGAGCGUAACGAGAAGUUUGAACCGUGAGUCUGGUUGUUCAGAGGGAAGGAAAUUGUUUGAUUUGCCCAGUGAUCAUCAAUCAUUGAUUGAACAUGGACGGGUCUGGCAAGCGCCUUUAUAUGAGAUAACUCUGAAACUCCCCGAGCAUGAUCAGUCGAGUGAAGUUGGAGGAUCCUCUUUCAAGGACAGAGUGGUUCCUUUAUUCAAUAAUCUGGUUGUCAAUGAGACAUCCGAUGAAGUGGAAGCUGAAUUUCUCGAUCAUCAAUAUAUAUUGCCUCGUGAAAGUUGCUUCUACAUGUCUGAUUUGAGGCUGGUUCACAACCUUAUUCCUGCUGAAGCUAGCUCUGGCUUUAGUCUCAUUCUGAUCGAUCCGCCGUGGGAAAAUGGAAGCGCUCAACAAAAAUCAAAGUAUCCUACAUUGCCAAAUCGACAUUUCUUAGCUCUGCCUAUUAAGAAACUGUCUCAUGGCAAAGGGGCACUGGUCGCCUUGUGGGUGACAAACAGAGAAAAGUUCCAUCGUUUUAUUGAUUUGGAAUUGUUUCCUGCAUGGGGAGUCAUACAUAUUUCCACUUAUUACUGGUUGAAGGUCAAGGCAGAUGGUUCAUUGAUAAGUGAUCUAGAUCUCUUCCAUCACAGGCCGUAUGAAUGCCUUCUCUUGGGCUAUUGUUAUGGUGAGGAUGUUAAAGAUGUGAAACUUUUGGAGCAAACCUUACCUAAAGAUCGGGUCAUCAUUAGCAUUCCUGGUGAUUACUCGAGGAAGCCACCAAUUGCAGGUAUCACUAGAAACGAGCUUCUGCAAGAGUAUGUUCCGGGGCCUAAACCUGGUCGCUGUAUCGAACUUUUUGCUAGAGAGAUGAAUCCUGGAUGGCUCUCUUGGGGGAACGAACCCCUUCACUUCCAGGAAUCACAAUACUUCAUUCGGACAUAGCCAAUGUAUACUUUCAAUGUAGGCUCUGCAACUCUCCCUCUGCCGGUAUCUUUUCGAGUAAUUUAUCAUUUUCCAAAGUCUUAAGGUGCGGCCACACGCUUUGAUCCUUCGCUAGAUUAUUGUUGAUUGGCAUUAGCCCCUCACUUCCCCAUCUUAACUUGUGAACAGCUCAUUGUAGUGAAGUUUUUACACAGUUUUUUCCUUCACAUCUUUGCAUGUAGUUCUAGUUUCGCACAUGGGUUCUGAUAAAAAAAUUCGGAAUCCAUCUUUUCUCUCUCAUGUUGCUCUCUCUUUCAUGUUGUGACUUAUGGGUUCUAUUGUUUUUCA